GAAGGUUUUGAUACGAGUCAUGCAGGUGGGGAACACAAAGCAUUUGAAGGACUGGCACAUCCAGUGGCCGACAUUGUGUUACAUUACCGUCACUACAUAGAUUCUUGCAUUCGCCAAGACCAUACAGAAGAUCAGACCUCUCAUUGGAAUCUCCAGAUCGACUUCCUUGUGGACACCUAUCUUGACUACUGUGCUCAAGAUUCUGGCAAUGGCAUGCCAAACUCCAAAGACUUGCCCUCAGUCCCACCUUUGGACAUGGACAUGACAGACUGCCCUUCACUCAACAACGUUGAGCUUAUUGAUAUUUUCAGGCAGCACUGCUCCUCUCUCCAACCAAUAGUGUCGCACAGGUUCCCUAACAAGACACUUGUC